AGGUCCCCAAACAGCCCCAAAAUGGUCAAAUGAGUUUACAUCCAUAGGUAACUAUAUAUAGGUAAAGGUAAGUAUAUGCCUAAAUUAAUACAGAUAAAGAAUUAUACAAAUAAUUAAAUGGGAUUACUGAAAAACUGGUUGUAUUUAUAGUGCGAGUCAGAGUUUAUUUUUUAUACAGGUAGAUGUAAUUGAAAUAAAACUUCCACAGGCUGAUACUGGAAUAGUUAAUAUACGGUUGCUUGUUUGGAUAUUGUGAAAGCAAUGAAGAGGAAUUUAGCUGACAACUCAACUCAUAGUGCAGCAGGUUGUUUUCCUGUGCCACUGUUCAAUCAGAGAAAAAAGAAUAGACAGCCCCUAACUUCAAAGCCACUUAAAAAUGAGCCAAGUACAAGUUCCACGACUCACAGCUAUGACUUUUCUCCCACAACAAUGGAAUCAGGCUGGAAAGUGGCAAAGUCAGAGGUAGCUCAGCUACAGAAAACAGUAUACAGUGGAGCAGAAGAAAAGAAUAUCAACACGAGGGUUUGGAACAGAAAUAAGUAUAUGCCUCUAAACAGCACAUCAGAUUUAAUAUCUGACAGUGAAAUAAUUCAAAAGUUUGACAAAAUGUCCAAUACUUUGAGAACUGUUCAGCAGCACAAACCUGACCAUAAGGCAUCACAGCAUACAGACACAACAGAAACAGGACAAAUGGACUCUGUCACAGCACAGCGGUCAGUUAAACCCAGCACCACGUCAAGAAGUUUACAGGAUCAUAGUCUGGCGUAUAAAUUUAAACACAAUUUUCCACAAAGUAAAGUUAAUGACAAACAGUUUGAUCAUGUCCCAGAAGACAACACUAUUCAGAAACUUCCAGCAAACCACUUAAAACUUAAAGAAAACGACAAUUCUCUGAAAAUUAUAUCAGUAGUUAUCGAGAGUAUGAAGCACUGGAGCCAGUAUACUUAUAAAACUCCACUACUGUUUGAAGUGCUAGGCACACUUGAUUCUGCAGUCACACCUGGAGCAUUUGGAGCAAAGAAUUUUCUUUUGAGAGAUAAAAAGGAGAGUCUGACAUGUGUAUUUUAUGAAAUUGAUCGGGAGCUUCCACGAUUAAUUAGAGGUCGAGUGCACAGGUGCAUGGGAAACUAUGACACAAAAAAGAACAUCUUUAAGUGUGUUUCUGUAAGACCUGCAACGCUUGCAGAACAGCAGACUUUCCACGAAUUUGUCAGGAUCGCAGAUAUUGAGAUGGGAGAAUAUGUAAAAACAAUGAAUGAAGUUUGAAGUAAUUCCAAUUGAAGUAGUAGUUUAAAGUUGAGAUUAGACUCUUUUUGAUCUGUUAUCAUAACUGCUGCAUACCUUGAUGCAUUUAACAAAGCUCGUUUCAGCAGUAUACGCAACGCUUGAAAGUACUGUCAUACUGUAUGCUAUAUAAAAAUGAAAAUAUCAUUCUGGUUUGUUUUGGCAUAUCCUCAUUUACCUGUCAUGGAUUUUUGUUGUGCAAUGUACUGAAAGAAACUGAGGACAAUUAAAACACAAACAUUAAAAUAUGUGGUUUUAUACUAAUUGUUCAUUGUA